UGUCUGAAUUCUAGUCUGUAACGUCAAAUAAGAUCCCGAUUCCCGUGGAAUGUUCAGUUUUUGUCAUUCCUAUUGAUUUUUCGUGGGUUCUAGUCGUCAGUUGUGUUGUAUAACCGCUGCUAACAGUCGUGUUUCUAGUUCCUCCGCAUCUGACAAUUCACUAGCGCGAUGUCGACUAAGUUGCAGGAAGCUCAGGAGCAUUACAAGGUGGCUGAGAAAUGCAUGAAGACUUCUUUCCUGCGCUGGAAGCCGGACUACGAUUCGGCGGCCGACGAGUACAGCCAGGCGGCCCAAUGCUACCGCAUUGCCCGCGACCUCAAGAACUCUAAGGAGUGUCACAUGAAAGCGUCCGAGUGCUACAAGAACAACCGGUCGCUGUUCCACGCGGCCAAGGCCCUCGAGAGCGCGAUGAUCGUCAGCAAGGAGUUCUCCACGCCGCAGGAGGUGUACGAAAUGGCGACCGAGUCUGCUAGCUUGUACCAGCAGCACGGCUCGGGCGACAGCGGCGCCAACGUGCUGGACAAGGCUGGCAAGAUCCUCGAGGAGAACGCCCCGGAGCUGGCGUUCAAGCUGUUCCAGCAGGCGGCUGAUGUAUCCUCGUCGGAAAGCAGCCAGCACCAGGGGUCGGAGUACAUCAGCAAGUCAUCCAGGAUCCUGGUGCGUCUGGAACGUUACGACGAGGCCGUUGACAGCAUCAGACGCGAGAUUGGCUUCCACCAAGAGGCGGGGAACAUGGGGGCGUUGGGGCGCCUAACCGUCGCAAUAGUGUUGGUGCAACUCGCUCGUGGCGACCCUGUGGCCGCUGAGAAGGCGUACAAGGAGUGGGGCAACAACUGCGAGUCGUCUGAGAUGCACACCAUCGAGCAGCUACUCCAGGCGUUCGAUGAGGAGGAUCGGGAAAUGGCGAAGAAGGCGCUGACGUGCCCCUUCAUCCGCAGCAUGGACGUGGAGUACGCGCGUCUGGCGGCCGCCAUCCCGCUGCCCGAGGCUAUGGAGCCGAUCAUGAAGGCUGGCGUGCGGGAGAACGCGGCGCCAUCUUACGUCAGCCCGACGUCUUGUGUCACGGACCGGUUCGAGGUGGAGAUCGAGGAGUCGCCGUACGAGCAGGUGACGUACAAGAAGCGGCAGCCGGAGCGCGCGCCCGAGCCGCAGGACGACGACGACGAGGAGCUCUGCUAAGCGCGCCGGAGCUCUACCGGUGUAGGGGACGCGGCUCUUGAGCCACAGAGGGGGAUCCAAUGCCAGGGGGACAGUGCCACCCAACCGGGGGCCUCGACGGAUUCAGUACUAGUACACAAUAUGCUGUACAUAGCAUGUUAAGAACCAUGACAUACAGCCGUCUGCGCAUGUUUUGUUACUGAUUGCAGUACUCAUUGUUAUUAUAGGCGGUAAACAACUUGAGCUCACUUCCGUUGGUGGGGAUUUGUUUAAGUGUAGCGACAGCUCCGUAAACAUCAUCCCCCACCAAGUGGUAGAGUGCUCAAGUUGUUUGACGCGUAUUUUAAUAAUGAGUAAUAAAGCAUGCGCAUGCGUCUGUCUAUGCCAUGCUUAUCGUGUUUCUGCACAUUGUGUGUUAGUGCUUAGUUUAUUGAGGCCCAAGUUUGGUUAGUAUCACAACACCGUCCCCUGCGCAGAUCUCCCUCCCACCUUAAGACCAUAGCCCAAGAUCCGUGCUGCGUCCUUAAAGUUUAUGUUUACUGGCGUAACUGGUUACUUUUUUUUUUUUUCCCAACUCCCUUUUUUUUCGGGAAUAUAUACGAUAAUUCUAUGGCCUGUGAAUACGGCUGUCGCGGACCCGCAACACUUCCGCUCCAGGUUGAGAAAGUGCAAUGGCCCGAAAGAAACAGGAUUUGUCAAGAGAGUGUGCGCCAAGAUCGUAAGGCGGUAAUGUAGUUUUACAAAGAAAUUAUAGGAAUAUAUUUAAGCGACUCUAUAGCAUUCCGUUUAAAAUCAAAUAUGUACUUCAGUAUUACUGUUUAGUCAUUUUGACGUGGUUAUAAAAAAGGCAGAAAGUCAAAGGUAUGUUAUUUUUUACUCAUUUGGAUUCUACGUUAAACGACCUUUCUUCCUAUUUAGGUUCCAUACAUCUACCUAAAUUAGAAAUGUAUUUUCUUGUUACAUAAACAGCAGAGAGAACGAUAAGAUAACUUAGUUAACAUGUAAUUGAACAAAACAGCCAUUUCUGACUUACUGUCUUCGAUAACCACGGCAGAAUUGUAAAAAUAAAAUUUUGUUUUGCGAUUCUAUACAUUGGAAUUGUUACUUACUUGGACAUCAAGUAUAAUUGGCCCCCUUUUUGGACACAGUAUAUUGUAUAAAACAGUAAUUUAUAACCAAAUUAAGUGAAAAGAAAGCGGUUCGAAGAGCAGAAUUAGGCAGUAAAAACAACUAUUUCCAUCGAGAAUUCUGCUGUCUCAUUUUGUGGUUACGCCAUUUUGUUAUUCAUGUUUGAGUUUCGAUAUCGCGGGUUAAAAAAAAACUGAAAUAAUUGCAAGAGCAUUAUAACUGUUCACAACUUAAAUAAUAUAUCUUGAUUCCACUUCUAUUUGACUGCUACAGUAGUCUUGUUCUCCAUGACACGCGUCAUUUUGACAAUGCGUAACAAGCAUGUAACGCACCGCGUCGCGUUCAAGACAAUGGAAAUUUUCAUACAGAAUACCAUUCCACGUUAAUUUCACGAAGAUAACAACACAGCCGUGUUACAAGUUUACGCUGUCAUAGGGAAUAAGGGCCCAGGCCAAUGCGGCGACGUGUCGUUUAAGUUGACAUUGUUUUUUGAUUAAUGUCGCAUCAGGUCCAAAGUAGUUUGGCAUUAAUAAAGGUACACAAUACACAUUUCUUUGUCAACCCGCGAUAUAGUGGGAACAUGCAAAAAUUAUUAUUAACUAUAUUAGUACUAUAUCCGGACAUAUACACGAUCAGCUGAACGAGUAAAAUUAUACUGUAUUGCAAAAUCCAUUUGACACAGUUUUGAAUGAGAAGAUCUCAUGUUCCCACCCGAUUCUUACCAUUUUUGUUAACAUACUCGAGUGUACAUGUAAUCACUUGCUUUUUCCGUGUAAUGUACAACAGUGACGUCAUUAUGUGCAUAUGAGAGCGAGUCGAGUUGUAAUUUGACGCGGCGAUGUCACUAGGUCGUAUAUAUCGAUGCUAUUUCCAAAAUUAUAAAAUGAUUGAACUCAAUAUAUAUAAUGUGUCCUCGCGCCUCUUCUCUUACUGUUGUGUGAAUCUAGCACGCCAGACAACCUUGUAAAAUUAUUUUGUAAUUUUCAUAAUUUUAUUCAUAAACGCCAAGUGAUUAGUACCCAUUGUACAUACGAUUUUAGUCUAUACAUUCCCUUCUGUAUAGUCAAUUUUUUAUCUGUGACAAUUCGAUAUCGCUGUGUAGGAUUGUGACGGAUGUGACUGAGCGAACCGGUCCGCGCGGCGCUAGUGUUGCCGGCAUAACCGUUACAUGUUAAUCUCCGGUCUGUCCGGACACGUCAGUCACUAACGUUUAUGGAUAUCGAUGAUUUGCGAGUUGUGCUCACUGAUCAUAAAAAAUAUAUUUGCAGUUCAACAAUUAUCAAAUGUUGUUAACUCGGACGUGUCCCAGACCUUUAUUCUAGUUGCUUGGGCACUCGACACGUGACGAUUAAGGAGGUUGGACCAUCAAUUUACUUCGGUCAAUCAAUUUGCCUAUUGUGAAGUGCUUAUGCAAGAGGCCUUUUGUACGAGGUGUUAUACUACUGCGUCAAAUCUAUUCAUCGAUAUAAUCACAUCUCUAAUUGCCUCAAAGUCAAAAUCGAAAUAAAGGGAACUUUCCGGCAUACAUUUUUUCGCAUAAAUUUAAAGCUGCCCAUAGAGCUAAUUCGUAAUUUUUCCGGCCAGUCCGAAAAAAUCAAUUAAAACUUUAAACCAAAGAAUAUAAAAUUCCAUCACACAAAGUGUAUAUUUAUAUAUAUAUGUAUUUAAAAAAUACAGUGUCGCGUGCCCCAGCACGGAGCCACGCCUGUCUUUGCUUAUUACUUAUUAUGGCGACGUGGUUCUUAGUUAAGUGGUUUAUCUAUCGAACUGGACAAACAUAGAGCCAGUAUAUCUUAUAAGGAAACGUGCCUGGAGUACUUAUGCUAUGACCGAAAUUUCUACCUAAACCGGCUUACGUUAAAAAAUCGUCAAAAAUCUAACGCUUAUUAUGUCCAUGUAUCACUCACUGGCAACCGACUCUCUCAAUAUGUGUGAAUAAAUAAUGUUUCCCAAGCAUGUGUAUUCCAGGCCUUAUAGUAGGUGACACGCGCGGGUCCUAUUUUCAACUUUGCCAUUUUAAAUCCACUCCAAGGUUUUUGUUGUUUGUGAUUAGUUUGUAUUAGAACAAGUCACGUAACCUAAUGUCACUUAUUUGAAUUAAACAUUUUAAAUGCACGUCAUAUUCUAGAUUAGGUUAUAAAUACAGAUUGCUUAUAAUAAUAACUGCUUUUAAUGUUAAGAACAUGAUCUCGCGGUUUUGUGUCGAUCCUUACGUGCUACAGACUGAUUCUAAUUGGGGCGCAUAUAAAUUAGUCGCUGUCGCGGUACAGUCGUGCGACUUUGCGACUUUUAAUGCGCCUUGUGGAUGGUGUCUUGCAGAAUUAUAACAACUCAUCUGCAAACAACUAGUACAGUUUGCGCGCAUUUUUUUCGGAGCGAUUUUUUGUAGCAGAGAUGUAAUGUGUUGCCAGAAGUGCAAUGCGUCUGUAACGAUCUAUGUGCUGUUCAUCUCGUUUGAUAGUCUUUAUCAAACGCACGACUUCAAAUCGUCUCCCGCGGUUAAUAACCGCUAUGCGCGAGAGUUUUUGAGAGUUCAGUCUGUCGCAUGUGAGGGUAAAGCUUAUAGUUAGAGCCAAUAGAUGGCGUUCGCUUUUCUGCACUUAUAUAUUAAAUAAAUUAUCAUAUCUAAGUUCUUCGCAUUGUGCUAUUAAUGAUGUUGUAUGUUUAAUCGCAAAGCGUACGUAUAUUUUCUUACAUGUUAGAUUUUCGAAAAUAGUGUAAUAUGACAUGAUGGAUAUUAUAGUAAUCGCCAAAUUUGAUUAUGUUUUAAUUAUAUGGUUUGGCAUUUUAAGAAUUAAUCAAUAGUUUUGAGAAUUUGAUAAAUUAUAAUUUUAGUAUGUGAUGUUUAGUUUCAGUUUUGUUGUAAUUGUAUAGGCGUUGGUUUAAUUAGUUUUAUUUUAUUUAAAUUAUAGUUUUGAAUUGUUAAAUAUAUAUUUUUUAUAUUAUAAAUACUUAUUUUUUAUAUUUGUUAUUCAGUAUAAUUAAACCUAGUCAUUCCAAAAUGUUAUCCAUUAUUGAUGUUAAAAUUUAAAUGUAACAUAAAAAUUGUUUGCGCUCUUGAAUAUUAUUUGGCAGAUAUGAAACUGAUUACCAGAUUUUUUUCUAUUCAUUUUGGCAUAACUAGGCCUAAUUAUUGUAUUAUUUUAACAUAGUUUUGGUUCUAAAACAAUAUAUUCAUUAGAAAUAUUUGGAUGUUAUAUGCUUAAUUAAUAAUUAUACAUAAAUAUAAAUUAACCGAAAAAUAUUACUUUUAUUCUUAUAAAUGUUAUGUGUAAUAGGCCCCAGCUGGUUUUUAAAUUAAAGUAAAAUUUCCAGUCAUCUCAGCGCGUAUGUUUAAAAAUCUUUGGAUGGUUAAGAUUUCCUAUAGUGAGAUGAAUUAGUUGCCUUAGGGUAUAUUAUGCUGCGUGCAUAAGAUAUAAUAAUCAUUAAUAAACUUAUGUCAAGUAA